UCAGCAAACGACCUCACAAAAAACAACUUACAGUUAUUACUUCCAGUGUCAUUACUUAUAUAAGUACAGUUCAUAGAAGAAGAGUUUUUAAAAGAGAAUAAUGUGCUGACAUGUCACUAAAAAAUAAAAGCGCGGAGAAGAUAUUAGUUGCGACAACCCGCACACCACCACCGAAGAAGAACGCGACCUGUGAUGCACACCCUCCGCCAAUAUGACGGCACACAGGGCAGUUUCUGCCUCUGAUUUUAAAGAAGAAUAAGCCUUGUUGUUUCUACAAGUGCUGAAUCCGCUGCCUGGACUAAAGUAGAUGCGACGCCGACUUUAUAUCUUGGUCUUGCAGAAUGUCCAAGAUCAGGCGGAAAGUAACAGUGGAGAAUUCAAAAACCAUAUCUGAUAGCAGCAGCAGCAGCAGCACCACGACGACCAGCAGCACCAGCAACCCCGCCGCCCCCUCCCGCCGGCCCAGUGUGUUCGAGAGACUCGGCCCCAGCACUGGGAGUAAUGCUGCUGAUAGUCACUGUAGAAAUUGGCUGAAGACUGGUAAUUGCAGUUACGGCAACACUUGUCGCUACACACAUGGAACUCAGCCACGAGGCAAAGGAUUUAGCUUUAGUCGGUCAGCUGAGAGACCCACAGGUGAUCUGCGGGAGAGGAUGAAGAAUAAAAGACAGGAUGUUGACCCAGAAAACUUGAAGCGAGACCUCGACGAGCCCACAUCCCCCCCAGCGAGACAGAGAGACUCCUCCAGAGGCCGACACAGGGAAAAGGAGGAUAUAAAGAUCACAAAGGAGCGCACCCCAGCCAGUGAAGAAGAGCCCACAGAGUGGGAAACUAAUCGUGAAGACUCAGAUAUCGACUACGACUACGAGUUAUCGCUUGAGAUGAAGCGCCAGAAGAUUCAGCGUGAGCUGAUGAAACUGGAGCAGGAGAACUUGGACAAGAGGGAGGAGAUUGUCAUCAAGAAAGAUGAGACCCCCACCAAAACUAGAGCCACUGCCAUGCCCAAGGCCUCCCCAGAGCCGCUAAGUCAUAAAGAUUCACCGUCACCGUCCAGGAAGUCAAGUAGAUCCCCAAAACACAAAAGUGGAACCAAAGGACAAGGUUCUGGGAAGAAAGAGAAGAAGGCAUCAGUGUCCUCGCCUGUUUCAGACUCUACCAGGCCGUCAAAGGGGAGCCACAGUAAGAAGAAAGGGCCCCGUACCCCCAGUCCUCCUCCCCCAGUCCCUCUGGACAUUCCUGUGGUUGGGAAAAAACACAAGGGCAAACACAAGAACAAGGAGAAGUCUGAGGAGAAGCAGAAGGAAGCGAAAGAUCGGGGGCGAGAUACAGAAAAACACAAAGAGAAGAAGGAGAAACGCAGGGACCGAUCAGACAGUUCCCACAAGGCCAAGCGGUCUGUGACGUCAGAGGAGCGUUCUGGUAGUGUGUCGUCUCUCUCUAGGGGCACUUCACCUCCAGCCAGGAAGAAAUCCUCCUCUCCGAAAGCUUUGUCCCAUAAGGCCUCCCCUCCUCGCAGGUCUCCCUCUCCUCCACGCCACCAGCGCACCCCAACUCCUCCCCGCCACCACUCCCCCUCCUCCCACUCUGGUUCCUCUGCCCAGCGGCACUCUUCGUCCCCUCGUCGGCGUCGCUCGUCCUCUCCUGCGUACCACCGGAGCUCAGCAGCCCAGGCCUCUGCCUCCCCCCCUCCAAGCUCCCGGCGCUCUCGAUCACCUCCCGCCUCCCACGACACCUCCUCACCCCAUCGCCGAUCUGACAGAUCCAGCCCCAGCCAGCGCCACUCCAGGGGCCGUGAGAGGAGCCGUGGUGAAAGAGAGAGGAGUCCGCCUGCCCAGGAGCGCAGACACGAGCGCAGAGAUGAAAGCCGCAGCAAGCGAGAGAAGGACAGCUUCCGCGACGACCGGGACUAUGACUCUGAACAGAUCUCAUCACGGGACUCCCGCGACGACAGGGAGACCAGAGAGGCCCGUGAGCGACGUGACGCCCGCGAUCGAGGAAGAGAAACAACCCGAGACUCUCGUGACCACAGAGACAACAGGGACGUGAAGGACUCCAGAGAGAGCAGGGCGGACACCCGCUCCAGUCGGGAGUCGCUGGAGCGUCGUGACCGUGAACGGGAGCGAGAGAGGGAUCGGGAGAAGGAGAGAGAGAAGGACAGAGAACGGGAAAAGGAGAGAGAGAGGGAGAGGGCUGAUAGCCACAGGAAGGAGGAGGCGGUGCAGGAGGACAGGAGUUACGGGAGAGGUCAUGGACGCGACGAUGGAGGGAGAGCUGAUGGGAGGACAGAGAACAGGACAGACAGAGCUGAGAGGAAUGGACGAGGGAGAGGGCGUGCCAAUGAAACAUCUGAUAAAGGUUCAAACAGAAACUCCCGGGGCUCCCAACUGAAAAGCAGCCAUGACAGCUGGGAUUCACGCAGCAGUGCGGUGCGUGAGCGCAGCGCUGAGAGGAGCACAGAUCGCAGUGCUACCGAAAGAAGCUCUGAGAGGGGUUCAGAUCGAGAUCGCUACGAGGGUGACAGGAGAGGAGAGCAGGCCAGAGACUCCUCAUACGACAGGAGAGGAGGGCACGGUGAUCGCAGAGACAACCGCGAGAGAGAUCAAAGAGCAGCUUCCCCAAACAGAUACCAGGGAAGAUCAGAGGACUCCGAGAGGGAGGAGAGGAGGCAGGAGCGCAGGACAGACAGAGCAGACGAGGGCCGAGACGACAGGACCCGCGACCGGGAUCGAGAGAGAGAGCGAGAGAGGGACAGGGAGCGGGAGAGAGAGAAAGAGGACAGGGAGCGAGAGAGGGAAAGGGAGCGAGAGAAGGAGGCCGAGAGGGAGCGGGCCAGGGAGAGGGAAAGGGAGCGGGAACGAGAGAGGGAGAGAGAGCGGGAGAGGGAGAGGGAGCGCGAGGAGCGGGAGCGAGAGAGGGAGGAACGGGAGAGGGAGCGGGAGAGGAAGGAGCGAGAAAGGGAGAGGGAGAGGGAGCAGCGGGAGCGAGAGAGGCAGCGGGAAUGGGAGGAGAGAGAGAGAGGACGAGAGGAGAGGCGGGAGAGGAGAGACGACACCAGGGACGACCGGUCCGUUAGAGACACCCGGGAUGAACGCAAGACAAGUCGUAAGAGGCCCAGGGUGGAGAGCAGCCCCAGCCCCCGAGCCUCGCCUAAGCGAGCAACUCGGGACCUCAGUCCGGCAGACAGCGACGGCUACAACAGCGCGGAAGAGAAAAGUGCUGACAAGCAUCGUUUGCUGAGCCAGGUGGUGCGGCCCCAGGAGCCCUUGUUACGUUCUCCGCCAAGGGCUGCUCUGGCCGAUGAGAAGUCCAGCCACUGGAAGGAUGAGGAGCGCAGAGGAGCCGGGGACAAAAGGGACGCACGCAGCCGCCACGAGGACCUGGAGCUGCGCGGGGAACGAAGCAGAGGAGGCGACAGGCGAGGAGAGCACCUCUCAGACACCCCUGCUGACUCCCGCAGCAGAGGCAGAGAGCAGCGGGAGGCCACGCCGCCUCCCCCUGCGUCAUCCCUUGCCAUUGGCAGCGAAGACAGAGACAACGCCGGCUCCCAGGCCCAUGAGGAGGGCAAAAAGAAGAAGUCGCAGAGGAAGGGCCUGAAGAAGGGUCGCAAAGAAGAGGAGAUUGGCGGUGGCCUGGCUGGUGCAGGAGAUCGUUUCAACCCCGAGCCCCCAACUGGCGGACCUCCAGAUGGACCUCCACCCUUACACUCGCCCAGGAAAGGAACAAAGAAGAAGGCGCUCGACCGAAAGAGGAAACGCUCACGAGAAGGAGAAUCUGAUGUGUCUGAUGAGGAUUCAUCUGCCCCUCAGCCACAUAAUAAACGCAGCAAGAGAGGACCCCGAACGCCACCACCCUCAAUGAGGCCUGACCAUCGUGUCACUGGAGGCAACGCAGAGCCGUCUCCACUGUCCAAAAUGGACAACUUCAGCGACUGGUCAGAUGAGGAGGUCACAGACCGUGCACUACUGGACACACAAGUGCCGCUGGCUCCUGCUGACAGGGCUCCUGCCGAGCCUCAUAGGAGAGGUGGUGGUCCCAGAGUGGGCAGAGACAGGGAGCGGUGCAACCCACCACCCAUCGCCCCUCUGCUUUCCCAAGAUCCUCCCAUGCUGCUGCAGACUCUGACCCCGCAGCCCCUCAUGUCCCAGCCCCUGCUCCGCAAACCUCCCCCGGAGCAGACACGCAGCAGCAGCAUGGGAAGCAACCAGAGCCGCACAUCAUCCAGACGCCUGCGCUCACCCUCAAACGAGUCAGCCCAUCGAGACGACCCCCAGGGCACACGACCCCGCCGGGGCAGGCUGCAGGGCGCCAACUCCCGGGACCGAGAGAGAGAGAGAGAACGAGAGAGGGAAAGAGAGAGAGAACGGGAGAGAGAAAGGCCGAGUGUAAACGACCCUCCUGGGGCUGAGAGGAAGUCUCGGAUAGACCAGUUGAGGAGAGGGGAGCCCAGCCGCAGCACCUCCUCAGACCGGCAGGAUUCCCGCAGCCACAGCUCCAGGCGCAGCUCUCCUGACUCUGAGAGGCAGGCCCCGUCCAGGUCGCGCGCUGGCUCCCACGACAGCCGAGAACGGGAGCGAGACAGGGAGCCAUUUGAGCGCGAGCGUGACCGAAAGGACCUUCGCCCUCAGCAGCAGCAGCAACAGCAGCAGCAGCCCCUGCUCCUCCAACAGCCUCUGCAGCAACAGAGAGACUGGGAGCCUGAACCUAGAGACUGGCCGAGCCGGGGGCGAGAGCCCCUGUUGAUGCGUCCUGGCCGGGAACCUCUCCUGAGGGAGCGGGACAUCAGGGAGAGGGAACGCUUGCUCCCUGAAGGCCUCAUUCAGCAGCAUGAACGGGAGCGGGAAAGAGAGCGAGAGAGGGAGCGGGAGAGAGACAUCAGAGGCGACAGAGGUGGGGAUCGAGAGAGGGAGAGGAUGAUGAUGAUGAUGGACCUGCCGCCGCACGUGGACCCCAGAGCCCCAGGACGAGGAGAUCUGAGAGGUGAUCUCAGAGGAGACCUGCGAGGGGACCUGAUGAGACCGGAGAGGAGCGAGUACGAGCCUCUGCUGCCAAGAGAAGCCUUCAGCCCCCCAGAGCCGGAGAAACCAAGCAACAGUCACCAUCUGAUGGCGGAGCAGCGGGAGCUGGAGAAGACGGACAGCAUCGACGGAGACGAUGAUGGGAAAGAAGACGAUGGCCAGUCAGUGGCGUCUGUGGGAGAGGAGUAUGAGCCCAUCAGUGACGAUGAGCUGGAUGAAAUUCUCGCUGACAGCCAGAAGAAAGAGGAUCAGCAAGACGAGGAGAAAAUUACAGGUCCUUUGGACGUCAUUGACGUGGACUGGUCCAGCCUGAUGCCCAAACAGAAGCAGGAGCCCCGGGCAGCAGGGGCAGCCUUGCUCCGGUUCACCCCAGGGGCCGUACUUCUCAGGGCGGGUAUCUCUAAGCGACUUGCUGGUCCUGAGCUCCUGGAGCAGGUCAGAGAGGUGUGCAAGUCGGAGCUGGACGACCCCAAAGAUGCUGACAAGCUGUUCGAGCAUGACCUGGGCGCUCUGAACAUGGCAGCCCUGAACAGGCGGGUGGAGAGGGCAGGUCUACUGAGGAACCUCGGGCCUUGCUGAAAGGCCCUGUGUGCCCGCAGGGACUUCGCCAUCCGCCGGCAGCUGUUAAAGAACGACAAGGGUCUGACGAAGCAGUACCCCACUACACCCGUGGUCGACAACGAGCUGCUGCAGAUGAGCAUGCGGCUCUUCAGACGGACCAUGGCUGGUCAGGCCUCAGGCUCAGAGAGGGCCGACGGGGGGUCAGCACCAGCAGCCGAGGUGGCCCCAGCCGGUGGUAGUAAGCUCAGCACAGCUCAGCCUGAAGUGUGUGUGUCCUGAUAGAAGUGGUUUUAACGAGUCAAACACAUGAAAAUGAACGCCCCCCCCCCCCCCCCCCCCCCCCCCCCCCCCCCCCCCCCCCCCCCCCCCCAACUCUCGCUGACUCUGUCCCAUUUCAUUUCUUACAUUACCUUUAAUCAUGACAGGAAAUAAAUUGUGAAUCAGUUAUGCUUGACAUGUCUUGGAUGAUCUGCACGUGCUGUGCCAUAGACUACUGGACACUCUAGCCUAUGGAGGUGUGUAAUGACCCAUGUAUGAGAAACAUGCCCAGAAUGAUUUCAUGUUUUUUGUGCACUGCAGUGAUUUAGUGCAGCUUUUUAAUUGUCCGUCUCACCUGCCUAAACAAGCUCAAAUGUUUGUUUUCGUAUGUUGUGCAUUGGUAACCACGACUGUGCAUUAAAAUGGUCAGAUGUGGAUUUUUGUAACGGGUCUUUUGCUUUGUCAAAGUGACUGUUCAGCCUUUAACUAAUGUGAUGUCAUCGCUAUUUCUGUUAACGUUAUAUGACGACAUUUCUGCCGAGCAAAGCUUUAGCGUUUGCUGCAGAGCGUCACUGACCGACAACACUGAAACAUCCUGCAGGGACUUGAAUGAACGUUUCUUAUGAAUAAGCACUGCCAAACUAUUCCUCCACUGAAUGUCAUUUCUCUUAUAACUGUAAACAUUAUUGCUUUUUGCUUCGUGUAUGUGUUCUGAAUGGUUUGGCAAUGUCUCCCUGAACUGAACUCCAACACUGCCAUGUGGAACUACUCUCCCUAAUGUUCACCAGUCCACACCAUCCAAACAGGAUCAUUCCCAAUAGGAAAAGACACUAGACUGCUUAGAUGUUUUUUUAAAAUGACUGAAGGGAUAAUUAAUUCGAGCUUCCAGUGGUUCCACAGUCCCGAUUAAAAAAAGACUUGUACAGGUGGAGAAGCUGAAUCUCUGGGAUGUGGUUCUAUCAACACUCUUAGCUCAAAGUGACACUUGUAAAGAGCAGGUGGUGCAUGGACACAAAGUCAAUGGACAAACAAUCGACAGCUGAACAUAAAAAUGGGAAGAGGCUGUUAUCUUAGAGCCCUGGAUUCAACAUGACACCUCCUCUUGGCCAUGCUACUGUGACAUGAAAUCUAAGUGAUGUUGAAAGCGUCCAACCACAACUAUGUCACCUUCUCCUGCUACAUAUUUAUUUUGUCUAAGGGUCAAGGUCAUUUUGAGAUGUGCAAGUAAUGAUAUCUGGUUUAACGCUGUAUUUUUAUUUUUUUUUUUUUUACUGAAAAAUAAAUGUAGAAUGACAUUUUUUAAAUUGUCAUAGCA